AUGAUGUUUAUCCACAUUCUGAUCGCUUCUCUGGCUUCAUCGAUUAAUGCUGCAUCUAUAGUAUCUCGCUCACAGUCCUACCCACUAUCUCAGCUUGGCCCCCAAACUACAUUGACCAUAGGUAAUAAGGUCAUCGCUCCUGACGGCUUCAAACGCUCAGCAACUCUUGUCAAUGGCAUGUUCCCUGGGCCCUUGAUUGCAGCCCAGAAGGGAGAGAACUUUUCCAUCGACGUAGUCAACGAGCUCGAGGACGAGACGAUGUUCAAGAGUACCAGCGUCCACUGGCACGGUAUCUACCAGAAUGGGACGAACUAUGCCGAUGGAACGUCCUUCGUCACACAGUGCCCCAUUGCGCAGAAUCACUCUUUUUUACACACUUUCUCCGCCCCGAACCAGGCGGGCACUUACUGGUAUCAUAGUCAUUAUUCCGUUCAAUAUGCAAGUUGUGAUGGUCUGAGGGGAGCCUUUGUAAUCUAUGAUCCUCAGGACCCUUUGGUAGACAUGUACGAUGUCGAUGAUGCAAGUACCGUAAUCACGCUUUCCGACUGGUAUCACGUCGUGGCCCCUGUCUUGCGCCACCUCAUAGCUCCCAUUGCUGACUCUUCGCUCAUCAACGGACUUGGUCGAUAUGUUGGCGGACCGCCGUCUGAUCUCGCUGUGAUCAGUGUCCAGCAGGGAAAGCGAUAUCGCAUGCGCCUGGUCGCAAUGUCGUGCGACCCCAACUUCCUGUUCUCCAUCGAUGGUCACAACUUAACCGUCAUCGAAGCGGAUGGAGAGUUGACCGAACCACUGGUGCGCUAUUCUGUGGUUCUGGUAGCUGACAAGCCGGUGGGUAACUACUGGAUGCGCAGUCUUCCUAAUACGCCGGGUGCAUCCUUCGUGGGAGGCACGAACUCUGCUAUCCUGCGCUACACAGGUGCCCCACAGGCUAACCCGACCACGGUCAAUACGGCAUCGCAGAACCCAUUGUUAGAGACCAACUUGCAUGCUCUGAUCAAUCCCGGUGCACCUGGCAUCCCAGAGUAUGGGAAGGCAGAUAUCAACCUCCAACUCAAUGUUUCCAACGUCGGGGGCACAUUCUAUGUCAAUAAUGUCACAUUCAAACCCCCCACCGUUCCUGUUCUACUCCAAAUUCUCAGUGGAGCUCACGAGGCGUCUCAGCUGCUCCCGAACGGGAGUGUCAUCGUUCUAGAGGCGAACAAAGUGGUAGAGUUGACAAUGUCAACAACCGGUCCAGGUGGACCCCAUCCCAUACACCUUCAUGGGCACGCCUUCGAUGUCGUACAGAGCGCAACCAGCAGUACCUUCAAUUAUGUGAACCCAGUUCGCCGCGAUGUGGUAAACGCUGGCGGUCCUGGGCAACAGAUGGUGAUACGAUGGACGACCGACAAUUCUGGCCCCUGGUUCUUGCAUUGUCACAUUGACUGGCACCUCGAAGCCGGUUUUGCCGUGGUAAUGGCGGAAAGUCCCUCAGACACCGCCGCACAUGUGGACCCCGUGCCACAGGAAUGGGAUCAGUUGUGUCCGAUCUAUGACUCUCUAACGCCCUCGCAGUUGGGGGGUGGGGAAUGAAGAAGCAGCUAAUAUUUCCACUCUCCUACCCCUUCCCUAAAUCCCCGACUCGUAAGGAGAGGGCUUUUGCGGGGUACUUUGUUUUUUUCUCUGUCUUUGUUAUGCCAGUGUAUGCCCCGUCACGGAGCCUUUUCGGCAUCGGAUGUACUUUUAUAUUAUAUAUUCGUUCUUGUGUUCUCGGAAUACCUGUAUGUGGUUGAAGGAUCGGUCAGUACUAGUGGUCCCUAUCUUUUGUUUUCUCUUCGUCGAGGCUGCUUAUUACCUUUAACAUCAUUUUUGUCCCUGAGGACGUUAAACACUUGUUGUUCACGACUUUCAACCAAUUUGGAUUCUUG